AUCGAAGAAAAAGAAAACAAAAGGGAAAACUUUUCCUGACCCGUUAGCUGGGGGACUCGCUUUAAUAUUCUCCUGCACUUUCUCUUCCUUCCUUUCCCAAGCGAAGAAUCUCUCUUCUCUUCUCUUCCUUUCCCUCCUCUAGAUUCCCUUCUUUUUUUUUUUUUGCAACCUCUUUUAACGAUGCCUGUUGCGUUCCCUCUCCCUCUCCUUUCUUUUCCUUCGCCUUCAUCUCUCCUUGUCCUUGUCGUUUUCGGCUCUUGCGUUCUACCUUCCCCCUUUGGACUUUCCGGUCGGCAUUCGGGCGGUAGCUAUAUAGUAGAAAUAGGCGGGAUUUAUCUCAUGGCCCCUAAUACCUCAGGUGUUAAUCAUCUUUCUUCCCCCUGUAUAUAUGGGGACUUUGUUUCUUCAAACACAGAGAGAAAAUCACGCUUUAUGAAGUGGCUGAGUAGGCUUUUUAAAAGCGGUUCAAGUCGUGGAGGAGGUGGUAGUGGUAGCGGUACCAGUAGCAGUAGCGGAACAGGUAAUAAUCCACUGUUUCUGGGGGAGGAAAACAUGGGUUACCGUGCACCGGCUAGAGCAGUGGAUGACCGGCCUAGAACUGAGAGGGAUAAAGAGGAAUUAGAUCGUGCAAUUGCUCUUUCUUUGGCUGAAGAUUUGAAGAGACCACAGGUUCCAGGGUUUAGGUGGGGGCCAGAUGAUGAUGAAGCUUUUGAACGGGCACGGGCAAACUUGGAUUCGUCUUCUUAUCCACCUCCUCCCCCGAGGCAAUAUUAUCCGCCAAGGGGAUACAGAAUAUGUGGUGGUUGUCAUCGUGACAUUGGUUAUGGCAAUUAUUUGGGAUGCAUGGGAACAUAUUUUCACCCAGAAUGUUUCCGCUGCCAUUCUUGCGGUUUGCCAAUCACUGAGCAGGAGUUUUCUUUGUCAGGGAGCAAUCCAUAUCACAAAUCUUGUUUCAAAGAGAUGACUCACCCCAAAUGUGAAGUUUGUCUUCAAUUUAUCCCUACAAAUGGAGCUGGUUUGAUAGAGUACCGGUGUCAUCCAUUUUGGUUACAAAAGUAUUGUCCAUCACAUGAGCAUGAUAAUACAGCUCGCUGCUGUAGUUGUGAACGUUUGGAGUCUUGGAAUGCAAGAUACUAUGCACUGGAGGAUGGACGAAGUUUAUGCCUUGAAUGCAUGGAAUCUGCUAUUAUGGACACUGGUGAUUGCCAACCUCUUUACCAUGACAUUAGAGACUACUAUGAAGGACUGAAUAUGAAACUAGAUCAGCAAAUUCCCAUGCUUCUGGUUGAAAGACAAGCACUUAAUGAAGCAAUUGUUGGGGAGAAGAAUGGUCAUCAUCACUUGCCUGAGACAAGGGGUUUGUGUCUUUCUGAAGAACAGACUGUCACCAGUAUACUAAAGCGGCCAAGCAUUGGAGGUCAAUGGUUCACUGGAAUGAGAACCCAACCACAAAAGCUUAAGCGAAAAUGUGAAGUUACUGCAAUUCUUGUUCUUUAUGGUCUUCCAAGACUACUGACUGGAGCUAUUCUUGCCCAUGAGUUAAUGCAUGGCUGGUUACGUCUCCAAGGCUACCGUAAUCUUAAUCCUGAGGUAGAGGAAGGUAUCUGUCAGGUGCUUUCAUACAUGUGGCUUGAAUCAGAAGUACUACCAGCGUCCGGAAGCAGCAUGCCAUCCACAUCAACAGCUUCAUCGUCAUCUUCAUCCUCAAAGAAAGGAGUAAGGCCUCGCGUUGACGACAAACUCGGUCAGUUUUUCAUGCAUCAAAUCGCCCAUGAUGCUUCUCCGGCCUAUGGAGAAGGAUAUCGGGCUGCAAAUGCAGCUGUCAACAAAUAUGGUUUACGUGCUACUCUUAAUCAUAUCUACCUUUCUGGAGAUUUCCCACGGUAACGCUUUGUUUAAGCACAUCCACACAUCCAUACACUUCAAAAAUAUUUAUUGUUGAGGUCCACCAGCAGCUUGAUUGGCUUCUCCGGUUCUUCCCUGUGAUUUUAAUGGGGUCCUGUUACUACACAUCUUAAAUUACUCUUCCGUUUUCAAUAAUAUUCUUCUUUUAUAAUCAUUUUGCAGAGAUUUUUCUUAACACUGAUCCCAGCUAUGUAAUCUCAUCAUACCAUGUACUUGAAAUUUAGAAAAUUUGAGCAAAAGAAAAAGGAGACAUCAUGGAAUUGGAUCAAAUGAGAAUUGUGAGUAUAACACUGUUGAAUACCUGUAAUUCUGUGUUCUGUAAAUCUAAUUACAAGGAAAAAUACAAUUCUCACUGCAGCACUGCAAAUUUUAUGGCUGCCUAUCGAAAUGAAACUAAAUGGGGUUGAAAUGUUGCAUUACAAAUUUAUCCACCUAUCUUCUAGGUGCAGAUAAAACAUCCAGAUGUAU